AUGAUAACUAGUGUCACUGCUAUUCAGAGGUUCCAGCUCGAGCGGGUCCUCAAUGAAGAUCCUAUAACGCAUGCCCUCACGCUGCUUGGUCAGCUGCCUAUUGGCGACUCGGACGAGUCCGCUACCGCGAUAGUCCGCAUCGAGAAGACUGCUCUCUCUGGAGAGUCCGCAGGAAGCCUGCUGUCGGGAAUUCCGACCACGCGCAUGAUAGAAAGCACUGACAUCUACUCAUGGUUCUUUGGGUGGCUGGCCAAGGGGCCGGACCCCGACGUCAAGAUCAACAUCAUUCAUCCCGCCACGGAGGUACACAUCCGGAAGUACUCCAGGCAGGAUCUCAUGAUGGUCCACGAAACGCCCGACUUGUACGAUCGGAUUGUCAAGCCGUACAUCACUGCUUUCCCGCCAUCUCGACCCAAUGCACUCAGUCAGCGACAGGGUCGAACACAUCCUGGCGGAACGUCGAAGAGAGAAAGUUCUCUUCGUGAUCCCUCUCCGGAAUGGGAUCUUACGACGAUCGGCUCGCUCUACCUCAUGGCGAUCACCUUCAACCGCAACAUUCGCAGCCUCCGUGACCUCACGAAGGCGCACAUUCCGAUGCUCACCAGCAUCCGUCGCGAAGGAGCGCGCGUAGCGCAGGAGAAGUGGGGUCUUGCUUCGGGCUCUUUGCGGAUGUUCAUCCAUUACCAGCCCUCGUACUACCACUUCCAUGUGCACAUAGUCAACGCGAACUAUGUAGGUCUACUGGGGAUGUCGGCCGGACAGGCUCAUCUACUUGACGACGUCAUUUCUCUGCUCGAAUGCAGUCCGGACGAUGGGCCGUCGAUCUUACAGAAGAUGACGCUGACUUACAACCUCGGAGACCAGCACGGGCUCUAUGAGCCGAUGAAGGCCGCACAGCAGGAGCUUGGAUGGUACUGA